AUGUCUACGGUCGCAGACAUCAAUCUCAUCUCUGAGUUCCUCAGUGACAACCAGCAAGAUCUCUUGCCGGCCGACUGCAUCGUGAUCUGCGCAUCAGCAGUCCUCCACAGUGCCGAAGUCCUCUUCAGCACUCUGCAGCAACAACCAUCUCUCACCAAAGCCCUGGUGCUCUGCGGUGGAAUCGGCCACUCAACCAAGCUGCUCUAUGAUGCUGUGAAAGCCCAUCCUACAUUUUCUCGCAUUGCCGAUGAAAUCCAAAAUCUCCCAGAAGCAAAAGUCCUAGAAAGAAUCUUGGACGUGUUCUACGACCGAUCUCUCAUCACCAAAGAGGGAUGUCGCAUCCUUCUAGAGCCCAACUCGACAAACUGCGGACAAAAUGCAUCUUUCUGUCACAAGGUCCUUGAUGAAGCGGGCCUCCAAGCUCCGAGGACGUGUAUUGUCAUUCAAGAUCCGACGAUGAUGCUCAGGACUAAAGCUUCGUUCCAAAAGACAUACGAAGAUGUGCAGUCCCCGACUUCGAUUACUAGCUGUCCGGUCUUUGUGCCGCGCAUGCAAUUAUCUCAGGACGGUACUCUAGAAUUAUGCCCUGUCUCGACAACCUGUGAACAAUGGUCCAAAGAUCGAUUCUUGGAGUUGAUUAUGGGGGAAAUUCCCAGAUUGAGGGAUGAUAAAGACGGCUACGGGCCCCAGGGACGAGGAUUUAUUCCUCAUGUUGAUAUUCCAGAUGAUGUUGAAGCCGCUUGGUCUCGAUUGGAGAUUAUGGUAAAGAGAUCUAGAUAG